AUGAGCGACAAGUCAGGGGAGGACGAGCAUUUGAACGACGAAAUGGGAGACAUUUACUAUUUAAGAUCAGACGACUUCAAACCCAACCCUACAACACAUCGCGGGUGGUCCAAGCAACUCUCCGUCACUAUCUUGGCUGCUAUAUGCUUGAUCGCAAAUUCGUUUUGUCUCAUUUUCGUCGAUAACAAUCUCCACGGAUUUAUCUUAAUCCUGUCAGUUGGUAUUGUUGAAGGUAUUGUGUUCUUGGCGUACAGUCUUGUCAAGUUUGUUCUCAGAAUUGACAAAGUCCAACAAUUUUUGAAAAAGAACCGAAUUGUCAAAAAGGUGUUUUCCACACUGAUCAACAAUUACGACGAAAAGACCUUUGUUUUCAAAUUACCAAACGUUGAAAAGAUCAUCGCUGAGAAUAUGGUAUACGUCAUCCCAGAAGAUGAUAGAGAGAAUUUGUCGCCGCUUGCAAGGUUUGAACGGUUGUAUUUCACAUUCUGUCAACAGAACGAGUAUCACAUCAAAAUAUUCUCAAUAUUCCUCUCGAUUGUUGCGUGCGUUGUGGCGUUUGUUGAGUUGUUCUUCUUCUCACAAUCUGCCGUGUCUUUCAGAAAUUUGUAUUCCCAAGUUGUGGAAUAUACGAUUGUGUGCUUCAUCAAUAUCUCGUUGGCGAUUUUCUUUUUCUGGAAAAUCUUGUUGGUCGUAUUUUUCGUUCUUUUUGAGCUGUCGUUUGCGAUUGUUCAUAACUCGUUCAAACAGGAAACUUUUCUGUCAUUUUUCUUGCUUCUUGUAGUGACCGUUAUUUUCGGAUUUAUUGUUCCAAUGACGUCAGUGCAUUUCUAUUCACUUUUAUUGAUACUUUUCACGUUUGCAGUAUUGAUUUCUAUUGUCAUAGUGUUGGCGAUUAAGGCGACCAUACUUUUAUACAAUCUAACACGACAAAAUCGUUCGCUUUGGGUGUACAUUAAAGAGAAAAUAACCGCAAUGAAAUCACGGAAAAUAGCUACCACCAUUGUUCUGGUGUUUAUUUUGUUUGUAUUUGUUUUGAAUGUAUGUUCUGUACUUGUUUUUGUGAUGUACACAAAACCAGAGGAGCACUUGGUGACAACAUUCGACACCGUCAAUGCGACGUUUGCACACAACUCGACGAGUUACUGCGACUUUGAAAAACACAUUUCACAACUGACGUUUGGCAUUGGAGAGGCGACGUAUUUCCGACAAGAAUACGCAAAGCCCUCGAUUAUAACGCCAACUAUCAACAUGUCUGAUUUGUUAGAAGUGAGUUCUUCUACAAAAGACUAUUACCGUAUGACAAGUGAAAGAAUCCCGAUGAAUGGAAUUGUUUAUUACCCAAGCGUUAUCAAACCAAUGAACGAAGUUGUAUUUAUUUUAUCGAAUUCCAUGACCAAUUUAAUUGACACUGAUAUGGGGUACGUCUACUUGCAGGAGUCACUUGCAGAAAACGGGAUUGUGUCCAUUUCCCUUGACCACGGGUUUUUGGAUAAAGAUGUGAACGGUGAGUGGAUUGUUCCAAAGGACAACACAAGUGAGGUGAGUGAGGUGUACAUUGAAGCUCGAGUACGGUUAACUCUUAACGCAAUGAAUUAUUUGUACGACAGACUCAACCAACAUUUCAAUAUGAAAUUGAACUUUAGUGGAAUAGGGAUUAUUGGUGAUCGAGAGGGUGGCGGCGUGGCUAUGCGAGUAAGCAACACACUCAAGAACAACGAACAAGUGGUUGGGAUAGAUAAUAUGCAACCAAUUAAGGUGGUGAGUUUUUCUGCAAUGAAUUGCAAAGAAAUUCCGAUCAACAACCCAAUUCAAAACCUCGAUUCGUUCUUUUUAGAGACGUUACCAGAGCUGUCUGCGUAUGAUCCGCCACUUUUGUCGAGUUACUACUUAUUUAAUAAGACAGAAAGGAACGACUCACGGGAGUACCAAUACAGUGGAUGUUUGAUCAUAGAAAAGGGUAUUGGAACGUCGUUUAACAUGAAAGACAAACGAAACACGUCCGACAUCUGGGUAGAUAAAUUGUACAAGAACGAACCAAACAUGUUGACUGAUACCGAGUUGCGAUGUGUUUCAAACAACUACUUGACAAGUCACUUUUUGUGCAGCUUAGUUGGUGAUUGCACCAAUUUGGACUUGUUAAAGGACUUCAAAAAUGGAAAGGGAAUCAUCCCAACUAAAAGUGAGUAUUAUAGCACGUUUGAGUCGAGUAAGGAAGUGAUUGUAUUUGCUAAUGGAAGCGAAAAUGCUGUGAUUAUGGAUACAAACGCAACCUUCUCAGGAAAGUUGUUCCAAAAUAUUUACCAAUCACUCCACUUGAUAUUCGCGUGUGAUGCAGGUCAGUUGUGCUAUUGCGAAUUCAAGAGGAAAGAGAAUAUAAAUGCAAGUGGAAUAAAAUUUUCAUUCUUCAAAGACGUGGACAACAAAGAGAUUAAGUAUGACCAAUUUGUGGUUGUGUACAAAAGUAACGGGGAAAUAUUUCGGCUGCCUUCGUUCACUUACAAACGAAUUGACACCCAUGACAGUAGUACGGAUAUCGCCAAACUGUUUUUGUUACAGACGUAUUCAUUUGACUUUCCUACUCCAAAUGUUUAUGUUACAAAGUUUAGAGUGUACUUCACAAAGGAAAUUCUUCUCGACGAUAUUGCGUUUUACUAUUAA